AUGGCAUCGACGACGGCGGCAACGAUGGUGAAGGCGGUGGUGGUGGCCGUGCUGCUGAUGCAAUGCUGCGACGUGAUCCUCUCGGCGAGGCCGUUGCUGAAUGCGGCGGCGGGGGCGGACGACGGCGGGUGGCAGCUGGGGCAGGUGCUAGACAAGGGCAAGGGGUCGCCGGGCGGUCCCGGCAACGGCAACUGCGACUAUACGAAACCCGGGAACCCCUGCCGGCCACCCCAACCAUCGUCGUAG